AUGACCCAAAUCUCGGUAGUCCUAACUGCAAUUCUCCUAGCCACUCUAUGCUUGAGUGUAUUAUCAGCACCAUACAGAAGAUUCUUAGAAAUCGAGGAUGAUCAUCCAUCAAACAAGCGAUUCGAAUUGGAUGAGGAAUCUGAAUGGCGACACGCUUCACUUCAGGAUCCCUGGAUCAAGGUGGGUUACCCUGACCUAUUCUCACCCUACCCUGCCCUAACCUAGCCUACUCUGCCACACCCUAUCCUAUCUUAAUCUACCAUACCUUACCCUACUUUACACUAUCUUAUCCUACCCUACCCAACCCUACCCUACCCUACCCUACCCUACCCUACCUUACCCUACCCUAACCUAACCUAAUCUACCCUACUCUAUCUUACCCUAUCCUAUCUUACUCUACCAUACCUUACCCUGCUCUACCCUACCUUACUGUACCCUACCCUACCAACCCCAUAAUAUCUUGCCCUAACUUACCUUAUCCUACUCUACCCUAACCUACUUUAUUCUGUCCUAGCCUGCCCUAUCCUACUGUACCAUAAUCUAUCAUGCCCUACCUUACUUUACAAUAUCCUGCCCUAUUCUACCCCACGGUACAUUAUGUUUCCCUAGCUUACCCUAGCCCGUUUUAUCGUAAUCUACUUUGUCCUAGGAAGAAGAAAAUUAUUUUUUAAAAGUUGGAAUGGUGGUUCAAUUACUUAAUACUUUUCAUUUUAGUUCUUCACCCAACGGGCUUUGGAGAAGAUCGAAGAGGAAGAAAACGACGGCUUUCGAGUACUUCAUAUUCAACUGAUCGACGCGGCCGUGGAACCAAUGACCAAUGGUCUUCAUUACAAAUUGAGAUUUGUUGUUGGAAAGACUAAUUGCAUGAGAGUAAGUUAUCAUAUUCUUGCUUCAGAAGUAUAAAAAUCAUCAUUUUUUAAAAUAUUUUUUUUUUUAAAAAAAAUAAAAAAAAAUUUUCUCGGUGUCAAACUUCCCUCAAUUCUGCAACCCCCGUAUUUUACCACCUUUUUACACCUCCCAUUCCAGAGUGACACAAUUUGUGACUAUCUGAACGUGGUAUCUCGACGUGUGUACGAAGCCGAUAUUCAAUAUGAUUAUGAGACGCGUCAGGACGAAGUUAGUGUACAGCCAGAAGGAAAUGAACUCUACUGA